CUUGUUCAUCAUUUCAACCAGUUGCUGCGUCCGACGGUUCUCACGCCUGCUGGUGCGGCGUCAUGCCUUUUCCACUAGGCUGUGACGAUGCCGAGCUCUGGCGGCCCAGGCAGAUCGAAGCCUCCAAAGGCGACUUCGAUCCCAGCGAGGAUCCCUUGGACCACUAUGUCAAUACAUGCGGUGGACAAAAGGCCUUGCGGAGGAUUCUCAUUGCAUCCAACGGCAUGGCAGCUGCCAAGUCCAUCAUGUCCAUGCGGCAGUGGGCGCAUAUGGAGGCAGGAUUGGGUUCUAGCGGCAUUUUGGAGUUCAUAUCUAUGGCGACCAGAGAAGAUUUGGAUUCCAACGCUGAUUUCAUCCGCCUUGCGGACAAGUACAUCGAAGUGCCUUCUGGGAAGAACGUCAACAACUAUGCCAACGUGGACCUCAUCUGCAAACUCGCGCAGUCCGAAAAGGUGGACGCCGUGUGGCCAGGAUGGGGUCACGCCUCGGAGAAUCCGCGCCUUCCGGCCAAGUUGAAAGAGAUGGGCAUCACCUUCAUCGGCCCCACAUCUCCAGUGAUGUCCGUGCUGGGCGACAAGAUCGCGGCGGGCAUCCUGGCGCAGACGGCAGGCGUGCCGUCCAUCCCCUGGAGCGGCGAUGGGCUGAAGGCGGAGUUGACCAAGGACGGAACCAUUCCGGACGAGACCUUCAAGAAGGCUUGUUUGUUCUCUGUUCAAGAUGCUGUGCAGUGUGCGGAGCGCAUUGGUUAUCCAGUGAUGCUCAAGGCUUCGGAAGGUGGGGGCGGCAAGGGCAUUCGGAUGUCCAAGAGUAAGGAGGAAUUGGAGACGAAUUUCGUCCAAGUGCAGUCUGAAGUGCCUGGAUCGCCCAUCUUCAUGAUGCAGCUCUGCACGGGAGCUCGUCACAUCGAAGUGCAAAUCAUGGGCGACCAGCAUGGCUCGGUGGUGGCCUUAAGCGGCCGCGAUUGCUCCACCCAGCGGCGCUUUCAAAAGAUCUUCGAAGAGGGGCCGCCGGUGAUCGUCCCUAAGUCCACCUUUAAAGAGAUGGAACGUGCAGCGCAGCGCUUGACCCAAAGCAUUGGCUACAUCGGUGCUGGCACUGUGGAGUAUCUCUACAACGCUGAGACGAACCGCUUUUACUUUUUGGAACUGAACCCGAGGUUACAGGUGGAGCACCCUGUGACUGAAGCCAUUACGGGAGUGAACAUGCCGGCCACCCAGCUGCAAGUGGCCAUGGGUAUCCCCUUGGAUCGCAUGCCGCAGAUCCGCAAUUUCUACGGCCUUUCCGAAAAGGAUCGCACGUCGCGCAUCGAUUUCAUGAAAGCCGACUAUGUGUAUCCCAAGGUGCAUUGCUUGGCGGCCCGCAUCACGGCGGAGAAUCCGGACGAUGCCUUCAAGCCCACCAGUGGAAAGAUCGAACGCAUCAAGUUUCAAAGCUCGGUGGCUUGCUGGGGAUACUUCAGCGUAUGGACACACGCAGCCAUCCACGAGUUUGCAGAUUCGCAGUUCGGUCACCUCUUCGCCCGCGGAGAGGACCGGGAGGAAGCGCGGAAGACGCUGGUCUUGGCUCUACAAAACCUGGAUGUCGUUGGUGAGAUCCGAACCCCGACGGACUAUUUGGUGCAGCUGUUGCAAACUGAGGCCUUUAAGCGCAACAAAAUCGACACCAACUGGUUGGACGGGCUGAUCCGUGAGCGUGCUGUGCGCUUGAAGUAUGAGCAAGGCGAUGUGGUCUUCUAUGCCGCUGUGUUGCGCGCCUGUCGAGCCCUGCAGGCGAAAGACCAGGAGUUGCUGCGGUCCAUCGAAAAGCGCCGCUUGGGGCUCUUGCAUCAGGUGCAAGGCUCCUGUGCUACCGAGGUGGAGAUCACCUUUGAAGGCCUGAAGUACCACUUCCGCGUCUCUCGCGUCUCUGACGAUGCCUUUGUGUUCAAGAUUUGCGACACUGUGAUCGCUGCACAGGUUCGAGAACAGCCUGACGGAUCGCUCUUAGUCUCUGUCGACGGCAGCGUGCGUAAGAUCAGUGGUUCCGAAGAAGCCUUGGGUCUCCGGCUGCGUUUGCAGGGCGUUGGCACCGUGCUGCUGCCCACCAUCUUCGACGCAUCAGAGCUGCGCAGUGACUUCAAUGGCAAGGUCAUGCGAUACUUGGUGCCUGAAGGUGGUAUCGUAAAGAAGGAUGAAGCCUACGUGGAAUUGGAGGCUAUGAAGAUGAUCAUGCCCCUGAAGGCACGAGCCACUGGGAAGCUGAAGCAACUGAAGGGCGCCAACAGCAUCGUCCAAGCGGGCGAAUUACUGGGCAGCUUGGAACUGCAGGAUCCCAGCAGCGUGCAGCAGCUGAUCGCAUUCAAGGGACAUUUUGUGCUACCGACCAAGGCCUCAGAGUCUUCCUCCUUGUCCUUCGGUGCUCAGAAGAAAGCCAUGUUGGCGCUGGAAGGCUAUGAGGUCCUUGGAAGCGCCCAAGAGUUGGCACAGGCAGUCUUUCAGAAGGAGGAAUGGUUGUCAGAGGAGGAAAACGUUUCUGAACAACUGCAAGCGGCAACGCAACUGGUUGAAUGCUACUUGCAGGUAGAGCGCAGCUUUGCGCCGCUGCUUUCCAGCGGCUCAGAGGAUCUGGCCGUGGCCGCCGUGUUGGACGCUGACGCCGGAAGCGCGGGCGCGGCCGUUGCGGCGCAGCUGAAGACGCUGCGGGCGCAUGGGCGACUGAAGUUUCGCAGCGAUCUUGUGGCAGCAGUCCUGGAACAUGUGAAGCUGCUGCCUGCGCAUGAACCCCGAGAGAUGCCCAGUGUGACCGAAGGCUUCUUGAACCGUGAGGUCUCUCAGAAGACCUUGCGCUUGAUUCGAGAAGAAGGACAUUGGAAACGCCUCGGUGAACUCGUGGCGGAACUCUCCGAGUUGCCGAACAUCGCAGGGUAUUCGCCAGUUCUUUUGCCAGCGCGGUCGCUGUCACAGAGCCUGGACCGACAGCCCUGGGAGACACGGAAAAACGCACUGCGCAAUGCGUUGAAGGUUCUCCGCACCUCGUCCACGUUGCAAGCAGCCGCCUUCUCUGUUUUCACGGCAGCAGCUCGAGUGUUUGAGCUUCAAAAGGGCAGCUACGUCGACUGCAGUUGGUAA